AUGCUCAAGCUAUCAUGGGAAAAGACCAAUUACCUCGAAAGGUUCGAAUCAGAACGCAGCCAGCUCGCAGAAAACCUCAAGUCCUUGGGCGAGCUCAUCACCUAUCUCAAGACCGAGCUAAGCAACGAAGGCAGUAACCCACAGCAAAUCAAUGACAUUCAGAAGGACAUCGAUCAGGCCUCCCAGAGGCUCUCCAACAUCAAUCAGCUCUACACCACCCUCCAGCGCGAAGAGUACUCCCCCGAACGCGACGCCCUCACACCCCUGUGGUCCCGUGAGCUCCACAAGUUGAACAAGGACUUCAUCCUCGUCUUCAAGAACAAGGCUCAACUUCAAGACCGCAAAACUCAAGCAGUACCUCGGCGUCGUCCAGAACGCUCAACUCAAGGGCUUCCCGACCAGACCUUGGUCUCCGAGCAGGCAGAGACCGUAGCCGGGAUGAAGAACCUCAUCGACGAACUCAAUCGCGUUCUCUCCCAGGUGCAAAACCGCCCAUCCCUCGACUUCCGCAGCCUCCGUCAAAUCAUCGAAAGCAUGAAGGCCUGGGACCGAAAAACCCAGGAGAUCCAAGAAGAGGCUGAUCGCAUCUCCACAACCGUCAACAGGCAGUACCGCCGAAAAACAAACUUGGCCAACACCACCGGCCAAUUCCCCUGCUAUGCCUGCCACCAGAAGACCCUCGCCAUCCUCAAGUCCAUAUCCCGCAUCCUCACCCCCUAA